CCGCGCCUGCUGCCGAGGAGCUGCGCGGCUGUGGCUGGUCCUUUGGAGAGACCGGGCGUGGCACACAAUUUGCCAGGAUGCUGAAGAGAACCAUGGCCAACUUUGGCAAGAAGCUGAUCCGGCAGCGGACCGUGGACCUUGGCUUGCAGGAAACUCAGCUAGCCCGCUGCCUCUCCACCGUGGACCUGAUUGCUCUAGGUGUAGGCAGCACCCUUGGGGCGGGGGUCUAUGUUUUGUCCGGAGAGGUGGCCAAGGAUCAGGCUGGCCCUUCUAUUGUGCUCUGUUUCUUCAUUGCGGCAGUCUCUUCUGUUCUGGCUGGUCUGUGCUACGCAGAGUUUGGCGCCCGGGUGCCCAAGGCUGGUUCUGCCUACCUCUACAGUUACGUGACCGUUGGGGAAAUCUGGGCCUUCACCACAGGGUGGAACCUCAUUCUCUCCUAUAUGAUAGGGACAGCAAGCGUGGCUCGGGCCUGGAGCUCCACGUUUGACCACAUCAUUGGGGGCCACAUCUCCACUUUCUUCCAGAAUCACACAGCCUUGCACCUGGAGAAUGUGCUGGCUGAGUAUCCUGACUUCUUUGCCCUCUUCUUGGUGUUGCUGCUCACAGGCUUGUUGUCAUUUGGUGUGAGUGAAUCUGCCCUGGUGAAUAAAAUCUUCACUGCCAUCAACUUGCUGGUCCUCAGCUUUGUCAUUAUUGCUGGUUUUGUGAAAGGAGAUGUCAAGAACUGGAACCUGUCCAAGGAAGACUUUCAGAACCACUCCCAAAAAGUCUUGGAGUCUGGAAGCAAGGACCCCUUUGGCAAUGGGGGGUUUGUCCCCUUUGGCUUUGAGGGAAUCCUCUCGGGGGCUGCCACGUGUUUCUAUGCCUUUGUUGGGUUUGACUGCAUUGCCACUACAGGUGAGGAAGCACGGAACCCUCAGCGUUCGAUCCCCAUUGGCAUCAUCGUCUCCCUCCUUAUCUGCUUUGUGGCCUACUUUGGUGUUUCGGCUUCCUUGACCUUGAUGGUACCCUAUUUCCUGGUGGAUAAAGAGAGCCCUCUGCCCGAUGCCUUCAAGGCAGUGGGCUGGGAGCCUGCCCGUUAUGUUGUGGCCAUUGGGUCCCUUUGUGCCCUCUCUACAAGUUUGCUUGGCUCCAUGUUCCCCAUGCCACGAGUGAUCUAUGCUAUGGCUGAAGAUGGGCUGCUCUUCCGGUUCCUGUUCCGGGUUCACAGCCGGGCCAAGACUCCUCUGGUGGCCACUGUAGUGUCAGGCAUUAUUGCAGCUCUGAUGGCAUUUCUCUUUAAGCUGGAGGACCUGGUUAACCUUAUGUCUAUUGGCACGCUCCUGGCGUACUCUCUGGUUGCUGUGUGUGUGCUCAUCCUCAGAUACCAACCUGAGCUACUGAGAUUCUCCAAAGACCUGGAAAUGCUUGAGAUAAAUGGAAGUGAAGAAGAAAAGGUUAUCAUUAAUUCCACUGUCGGUGAAGGCCAGAACGCAUUCAAAGAGAAGUUCACCUGGAAGAGUCUUUUCUGCCCCUCAGAGGACAUUCCAACUCAUGUCUCAGGGCGCAUCGUCUACAUCAGUAGCACAGUCAUCUCUGUCACGAUCACUGCCCUGUGUGGUAUCCUGGCCCAUGAGUGGGCAGCCCUCCUGAAAGGCAGCGUUGGCUGGGUCACUGCCUGUGUCAUUCUCCUUGGCAUCUUGCUUGCUGGCACUAUCAUCAUCUGGAGGCAGCCAGAGAGCAAGACACGCCUCACUUUCAAAGUGCCAGGCCUGCCACUGCUCCCCCUCCUCAGCAUCCUAGUGAACAUCUAUCUCAUGAUGCAGCUUGAUGCAGGCACUUGGGCCCGCUUUGCUGUCUGGAUGGCCAUUGGCUUCGCCAUCUAUUUUGGUUAUGGGAUCCAGCACAGUGAAGAAGGGCGGGUGGCUCGGCAGUCCCAGUCAGCAGCUGGCAACCCCCUGCGUUCUGCCAACUCCGAGCUGAGUCAAGAGAUCGCUAUCUGAGAGAAGGUGGUUCUUCUGCCCUCCUUCUGCUGCCGUGGAUACCCUUGAGUUCUUGUUUGCCUUGUGCCCCACCUGUCAAGAAGGGAGCCAUGGCACAUGGGACUCGUGGCAGCACUUCAUUCUGCAGAGGAGGUGAAUAGAGCAAGCUGUGGCAAAAUGGAGGGGGCAGCCCUUUCUCCUAGGCAGGAUUGGGCGGGUAGAGUGAACUUCAGAUGAGAAGCUGCCACAUACACCGUCUAUUUAUUUACCCGGCUCCGCUGGCCAAAUUGCCUUCAUAUGUAGAUGUACGUAAGAGUGUCAAACGUUAAGAGUUCCCAAUGAUCUCAGUACUUCAGGACUAGAAGUCUGGUUUUAACUGUUGUUCGUAUGACGUUGUCAAAGAUGUUACAUGUUUUCUGUAUGAGUACAGCUCCACGCUCCUAGUUUUUUUCUUUAAAAAAGUUGGACUCAUCUGACCCACUGUUGGUUUACUUUCUUCGUAAGCUUACCUCAGAUGCACUUGGUGAUGGUUCUCCAGCAUAAGCAACCUACCUGUCUCCAAAAAUGUAGGCAGUUGUAGCAGUUCAGUGUUAGGUUGGUGCAUAAUUGCUUAAAUAAUCGUAGUUGUUUGGAGUUCUGCUGUUCUUCUUGCCAAGGGUUAUCAAAUAGGUUCCUUUGGUUUCUCAAAUAAAAUCAAAUGAAUUAUUAGUACUAAUGAGAUAUAAAACUGGCUCACAGUGUCCUCACAAAGAUGGAUUCGACAUUCUGUGCAUAUUCAGCCCAUGGUAGUUUAUUCAAGAAAGCAGGUUGUAAUGCGUUGAAUGAAUCAGCCCAAUAGGUGAGAGUGCCAAGUGCCAAGGCUGAUAGUAAAAUAGGUCUUCAUCAGUGAGCUAUCAUGAAACCAGACCUGGAGGUAUCAGCAUUAUGGGCUCCCACAUGCUGGGAGAUGAUGCAAGAGAAGUGGAGGGACUGUGGGCAGACUAACCUCUUUGUUAAGAGCUGCAGACAGGGGAGCCCUUGCCCCCAGUACCACCACCUUAUUGACUAGAGAUCUGGGCUAACGCCAGAGACCUAGCAAGCGUGCAGUAGCCAUCCUCUAGGCCUAUCUGGCUACCUAGACUGGAAGCUGCAAACAGAGCACAGCUGGCAAGAGCGCAAAGCACAGUGAGGUAACUGCCCAAUCCUUAUCUGCUGUAAAGAUGGCAAAGCAAGCCAACAAACUGUCACUGGCUCCAGGACCGGGUGGAGAUUUUUUCCCCCUAAUAAAAGAAGCCAAAUACAUUGUCCAGCUAGUGAUGUCCUGCUUUGGCACAACCUGAAACUGGUAGGGAAAGCAGUCUCCCAUUUGGAAGGCACCAGGUUGGCAAAAAAAGGAUCAGGCUAACUUGUUUUCUCCUGCUGUUAAAAGAAAAGCUGGCUGCUUUCGAUCACGAUAUCGUUUAUUUACUUUUGACUGGAAAAAUAAUUGAGAAUUCCACAGAACGCUCGAUAACACACUCUCUCCAGUUACAUCAGAUGACCAGGCUUUCUAGCAACUGCACCAGUGCCAAAUGCUACAAUGCCAAAGCCCUUUCGAGCUUCACAUAGCUCUCAUCUAAGCCUUAUGAUUAAUUUCCCCAACAUUUCCAAAAGCAAAUUGUGAACGAGCAGAGCCAACACUGAAUUUGUUGUGCUUCGGCAAGUAGCUCCAUACACGCACGCUGGACGUUUCCUCUUUCUGAGGGAGACUUGGGACCAUUUCAGCUCUAGGGUUCGUGGCUCAGUGGCAGAAUCUUCAUGGGCAGAAGAUCCCAGAUCUUCAGGAAAGAACAGUUUCUGGAACCCUGCAGAACCCUGGGACAGAUGGGCCAGCUCAGUAAAGGCAGCUUCUCGUGUUCCUAACCUUUGGCUGUUCUGCAGCCUUGCUCAGAGCAAGAGGGGAGGUUUACAGUUGUUUUAACAGAACUUUGUUGUCUUUGUUUGAACAUCUACAUGUGAACAAAAGUUCUUCAACGUGAAUAUAACACGCAGCAUCUUAAUACAUUUGUUGGACCAAAUAAACGGUUGUGCUACUA